AUGAGUAUGUAUUAUGGACAGAAAGUUCCACUAGCUAAAAGAGAUUUAAAGAAGGUGCAUUGCCCCAAGAAUAAAGAAGAAGAAGAUUCUGAGGUACUACGGAGAAAAAAGGCUUAUAUGUUGAUUUACAAACGCACAGAGAAUUUAGAGCUUGUUGGUAAUGCUGAUGCGAAUCUUGGAAAAGCAGAGGAUGAUUACAGCUCUACUUCUGGUUUUCUUUUCAAGAUGGUAGGAGCAGUUGUUGCUUGGAAGAGUGCUAAACAAUCUGGUGUUUCUAGUUCAACCCACUGUGCCAAAAUUCACUUUCCGCAACACUACAUAGGCAUCGGCAAAAUGAAAUACGGAUGCUGUUUGUAUAUUAGACAUUGGUUUUAUAAAUAA